AUGCCUCCAAAGAUACCCCUGUUCAGUAGACGGUCUGCAAUCGCUAGAAAUAUAGCAGCACGCCACUUUUCAUCUAAACCUCAUUUGCUUCGCCAUAGAGCAGAGCUCGACUACCUCGCACCCUUCCGACGCUCGGCCGUUCCCCCCCCCUCGCGAGCAGACAAUCAGCUUCAAAAUGUGCUCAAUACCUCAAAGCAGCCAGAGGCAUACUCGGAGGGCCACCUUCCUUAUGAGACCUCUUCCACGGCGCCUGUAGCCAACUCACUGCAGGAGGUUCCUGCUCAUGGCACUGGCAGCCGAGUGGAGGAUCCCGUCCCCGCUAUGAAGGAUACAAGCGGAGAUGACAGCGCCAACAAGGACAGUGGGAAAGAGUUCAGGUCCAAACAGAUGAUCGUACAAGGCGUUGCUGUUCCUCCAAAGCCCAUAGCACCCGGCGAAGAAGAGUGCUGUAUGUCAGGAUGUGUCAACUGCGUCUACACCAUCUACUCGGAAGAGCUCGAAGAGUAUGUAGCAGCUCUGGACGCUGCACGGGAUGCUCUUGAACGAGCACAUGUACCCAAGAGUGACUGGCCUGCUGAAGUGGCCACGUCAGGAAGUGGGGAUGCUGCCAAAGGAGAUGAAAAGGACAAGGCCGUGGAAGGGAUCGACCCUGCGAUGAGCGCUUUCUUGGCGCUGGAGAACAAGCUCAAGAACAAGCAAUAG